UUUUGGGCAGGGACUGCAGAAAAUUGCAAUUUUUACUUUUUACAAUUUGAUAUAAUUUUUUUCCAUUGAAGUAACCUUUUAUAUUACAACAAUUUAUAUUAACAUCAGAUUACAAUUUCUGUUAUCCUACAAAUACUAGAUAAGACUUGUUGCGUUAGGAAUAAAUUUUUUAGUAUCCCGUGACAUAAACGCCGCCAAAAUUAAUUACUACUCGAAAUACAACGGGAAUAUCUCCACUAUGGCUAAGCCUGUGUUAUAUUCCUACUGGCGAAGCUCAUGUUCUUGGAGGGUGCGGAUAGCACUCAAUCUCAAGGAGAUACCAUAUGAUAUAAAAGCUGUAAGCCUCAUAAAGGGUGGAGGAGAACAGCACUGCAAUGAAUAUAGAGAGGUUAACCCAAUGGAGCAAGUCCCAUCAUUGGUUAUAGAUGGGCAUACAUUAAUAGAAUCAUUGAGUAUAAUGAAUUAUUUAGAGGAGACAAGACCCCAAAGGCCACUAAUGCCACAAGAUUGCUAUAAAAGAGCUAAAGUUCGUGAAAUUUGUGAGAUUAUAUCAUCAGCAAUCCAGCCGCUCCAGAACCUAAUCGUUCUUAUCUAUGUAGGGGAGGAGAAAAAGAAGGAAUGGGCACAGCACUGGAUAAUGCGAGGUUUCAGGGCUGUUGAGAAACUCUUGUCUUCCUGUGCUGGCAAGUAUUGUGUGGGAGAUGAAAUCACUCUUGCAGAUUGUUGCCUCGUGCCACAAGUUUUUAAUGCUAGAAGAUUUCACGUUGAUCUGCGUCCGUUCCCAAUUAUCCUACGCAUAGAUCGUGAACUCGAGAACCUGCCAGCAUUCCGGGCAGCUCACCCUUCCGCACAGCCGGACUGCCCGCCCGAGGUGGCCAAAUGAACCGACGCCCACGCCCACUAUUGGGCGACCCAUCCCAUCCAUUACUUAUAACAGUAGGAUGAAGUUGACCAAGUUACUCUUAAAUAUACCAUGAAAAAAAAAAACAUUUUGUUUUUGUAUCUUGGGUGAAUUCCAAAAAAAAUCCAAUCAAUUUAGGAGUAAUUAAAGAAAUAAUGUUAUUUAUAUAAUCAAUGUGUAACUUGUCAUUCUGAAAAUGAAUGGCUUAAAAUUUUAUAACCAUUACCCGAUCUUCUAAUCUUCUAUCUAGUCUUAAAUUAGUAGUUAUUUAAAAGGGUUAUACAAGGUUUUGGGAAAGUGCAAGUAUGAAUUAAUAUGAAUUUGUAGUUUAUUAGAUAAAAUAUAAAAUAAUGACAUAAGCGCGGUGUCAAACUUGAGUCUUGAACGUCGUUUAAGUUUACAUCCUACUUGCGACCAAUAGCAACACUCAUAAGCAACUAGUUUAUUUUAGCCAAUAUUGGAAUAAAAGCCAAAAAGAUAGCACUACGAUUGUCUUUAUCCAAUCAAUAUCUAGAAAUAACGAUUCAGCACAAAAAGUUAUAGAUGAUUGGGAUGUAUAUUCUAGUUCCAAUUUUAAGAAAUCUGUUGUUUAUAUUUCUUUGUAAUAGAAUUUUGUAUUUAUAUUUAUUUAAUAAAAGUAUAACUUUAAGUGGUACACAACAUUCCUUAUUGUCUAAAGAAAUACAACCAAGCACAUUGCAGUUAUAACAUUAUAAUGUUAGUUUAAUAGUUGUAUGUUCUGCAAAUAGUUUUUUCAAUAUUUUAAUCAAUAUGUGCCAUUCCAAUAUAGAUGUUUAUGUAUGUGAAGUAGAAUUUUAGCCUUUAUUUAUAAUAAUUAAUAUAUAAU